GUUCACGCGGUGCAGAACCCGCGAGAAAGACUAGUUAGCUAGCCUAGCUUAGCCACUGUAACAUGAACGUGGCGUCUGAGGUAUAACUCAGAAACAGCUGCUUCGAGGAUUUCGGAAGACAACGCGGAGCUGGACAUGGACGCCGACGGCUUCGGGGAACUGUUGCAGCAGGCAGAGCAGCUCGCCGCCGAGACCGAAGCAGUGUCCGAGCUGCCGCAUGUGGAGCGCAACCUGCAGGAAAUUCAGCAGGCCGGAGAGAGGCUACGCUCCCGCACCCUCACACGGACCUCGCAAGACACAGCCGAUGUCAAAGCAUCUAUUCUCCUGGGCUCCAGGGGUUUGGACAUCUUUCAUAUCUCCCAGCGUCUGGAAAGCCUGAGCGCAGCUACAACCUUCGAGCCACUGGAACCAGUAAAGGAUGCAGAUAUCCAGGGUUUUUUGAAGAACGAGAGAGACAAUGCGCUGCUAUCGGCCAUCGAGGAGUCUCGACGCAGGACAUUCCUGUUGGCGGAGGAGUACCACCGAGAGUCCAUGCUGGUGCAGUGGGAGCAGGUGAAGCAGAGAGUGCUGCACACCCUCCUCGGCGCAGGAGAGGACGCGCUGGACUUCAGCCAGGAUGUAGAGCCCAGUUUCGUAAGUGAAGUGGGAGCACCUGGACGCAGUGCCCUGGACAGCGUGGAAGUGGCUUAUGGUAGACAGAUCUACAUCUUCAACGAGAAGAUUGUGAGUGGACAUGUUCAGCCCAGCCUGGGGGAUCUGUGUGCGUCUGUGGCCAGCAGUCUAGAUGAUAAGAAUGUGUCCGACAUGUGGCUGAUGGUGAGACAGAUGACCGAUGUUCUGCUGGUACCAGCCAAGGACACCCUGAAGAGCCGUGUGGCUGUAGACAUGCAGAUGGCUUUUGUUCGACAAGCGCUGGCGUUCCUGGAGAACAGCUAUAAGAACUACACCAUGGUGACAGUGUUCGGGAACCUCCACCAGGCCCAGCUGGGUGGGGUGCCAGGCACUUAUCAGCUGGUACACAGCUUCCUGAACAUCAAACUGCCUAGCCCUUUACCAGGCAUGCAGGAUGGUGAGGUGGAGGGUCACCCAGUGUGGCCUCUGAUCUAUUACUGCCUGCGAUGUGGAGACCUGUCUGCAGCCAUGCAGGUGGUGACCCGGGCCCAGCACCAGCUGGGAGACUUUAAGACAUGGUUCCAGGAAUACAUGAACAGCUCCAACCGCCGCCUCGCUCCGGCGACCGAGAACAAGCUGCGUCUGCAUUACCGCCGUGUUCUGCGCAACAGCGCCGACCCCUACAAACGCGCCGUCUACUGCCUCAUCGGGAAGUGCGACAUCGCCGACAACCACGGAGAGGUCGCUGACAAGACGGAAGACUACCUGUGGGUCAAGCUCAACCAGGUUUGUUUCGAUGACGACGGCAACAGUGCCCCGCAGGACAGGAUCACACUGGCCCAGCUUCAGAAGCAGCUCUUGGAGGACUACGGCGAGGCCCAUUUCUCCGCCAGCCAGCAGCCGUUCCUCUACUUUCAGGUGCUCUUCCUGACGGCGCAGUUCGAGGCCGCCGUGGCGUUCCUGUUUCGCGUGGAGCGCCUGCGCUGUCAUGCCGUGCACGUGGCCCUGGUCCUGCACCAGCUCAAGCUGCUGCUAACGUCGACAGGACAAAGCGCUCAGCUGCUGAGCCAGGAACCAGGAGACCCUCCGAUGGUCCGAAGGCUCAACUUCAUCCGUGUUCUCAUGCUCUACACGCGCAAGUUCGAGGCCACAGACCCACGUGAGGCACUGCAGUACUUCUACUUCUUGCGGAACGAGAAAGACAGCCAAGGAGAGAACAUGUUCAUGCGCUGCGUGAGCGAGCUGGUGAUCGAGAGUCGCGAGUUCGAUGUGCUUCUGGGAAGACUGGAAAAAGACGGCAGCAGAAAGCCUGGUGUAAUUGACAAGUUUACGGGAGAUACACAAGCCAUCAUCAGCAAAGUGGCCUCAGAGGCUGAGAACAAGGGUCUGUUUGAGGAAGCCGUCAGACUGUACGAGCUGGCCAAGAACCCUGAUAAGGUGCUGGAGCUCAUGAACAGACUACUGAGCCCUGCGAUCGCUCAGAUCAGCGCGCCACAGUCCAACAAAGAACGGCUAAAGAACAUGGCAUUGGGUGUCGCUGAGCGUUACCGCAGUAACGGCAUAACGGGAGAGAAAACGGUGGACAGCACCUUUUACCUGCUCCUUGACCUCAUGACCUUCUUCGACGAGUACCACGCCGGACAUGUCGACCAGGCGUAUGACGUGAUCGAGAGGCUAAAGUUGGUUCCUUUAAGCCAGGACAGUGUGGAGGAGAGGGUGGCAGCGUUCAGGAACUUCAGCGACGAGGUCCGACACAAUUUAUCAGAGGUGCUUCUUGCCACCAUGAACAUUCUGUUCACACAACACAAACGCCUGAAGGGGGUGACAGCAGGCACGGCGGGCAGGCAACAACGCCCCCUAGAGGAUCGGGAUUCGCUCCUACGCAGUCAGGCCCGGGCCCUGAUCACCUUUGCUGGGAUGAUCCCAUAUCGCAUGGCAGGAGACACCAAUGCUCGGCUUGUUCAGAUGGAGGUCCUGAUGAACUGAGAGUGGGAGACAGUGAGGGAGUUUGUGUGCGUGCACUUUCCUCUUUUCCUGGUGCGUUUGCAGAUCUCUUACUCCAUGCCCUGUUUCUCCCUCCGUCAUCCCCUGUGUGAAUUUGUAUUUGUAUUUUUUGAUAAUUUUGAAAUAAAAACCAUUGAACCUAAGUUUACUUUACUUUUGUUUUCAUUUUAUUUUCCCCUGUGCAAACCCAAGUUGCUUUUGAUUGCUUUUGAGUUCGAGGUAAGCCUUUUUGUCACACAUCGUCUCCUGUUGAAUCCAUUUGCUGCAUUUCAUCAUUUUGAAAGGGAAAGGACUUCUUCAUAUUCAGCUGUGCUUGGCCCAGCCUUGUUUAGGGUUUACCCUCCCGUUUUCUGCUCCAGGCGUCAAAUCAAAUGACCAAUAUCCCUUAAACAUAUUUUCCCUGAGCAUUUGUUGGUGCAUACAUGGUUGCCACAGACAUCAAAGGCAGUUUGUGAUUUCCUAAUGCAACCAAGGUGGUUAACCACAAACUAUCUGACUUGUGCCAGUUCACAUCAGGAGCUGCUGCGCUCUCAUCUCUAUAAGACCGGCAUCUAGAUCCCCAACAAAGCAUUGUAAUCUACAGCUCGUGCCUGCCGCUUCCCGUAGGUUCCUGUGAGGGUGUUUUAAAAAUCUGCUUCAAAGUGCCUACGCGCUGAAGUGGUUUUGUCUUUGUGUGUUAACCUGCUUUUUUUUGCCAGCGUGAUCCUCUGAAAACUUUCAGAAGUCCGAGGCUAGGAGUGUGUGAGGGGACCAGAGGUGUGUGUGCUGCAGCUGGUGUUGUGAAUCAGGCCGAUGCCACACGUCCACGAUAACCCGGCUAUUUCACAACACCAGGGUGGCCCCACACCGUUGCCAACGGCGACCAUCAUAACAAAGCACUCGGACGGACAACCUUUUCAUCUGGACCUGUGGGCUGUUAUAGACUUAACUCCUACCCUUCCACCCAUUUUUUUUUGUUUUGUUCUGUGUGUAAAAAUGAUUUUAUGUAAAAUAAACUUUUUCUACGGCCCAG